ACGUAUCCACAAAGAAAGCAAAGAUUGUCAUCAUUUCUCCGAUAUUCGCAAAGGAAAGGAUAAGCCUACGAGGCAAAAACCAAUAUAGACCGAAAUCUGCCUCCCAAUCCUUCGAUCUAAAUCCAGAACGGGGUCCUUGUCUUCUCACGCCAGCCCGUCUAAUUUCGUAGCCUGUCCCGAAUUCCAGCACCUACUCGCUGCCUCUUACGCCAGUCUCUGCCCUCUAGAACCUCAAUCCAAUGACAUCCUCCUCUCGCCUUGCUCGAGCGUCGAUGUCAAAUCUGAGUCUGCGUGAAUUCUGGAGCUUGUCUCACCUCAUCUGUAUCAGAUGUGAUAAGUCGUGAAAGUCGAGAGAUUUCGUGGCCUUGUAAUUUUAUUUUCGUGCGCAGUAAGUGAAAAGUGAAUUCUUUAGGGUUCCCAAAAGACUUGUGUAGUCAGUUCUUACACGACCAUCAUUUCGAUCCCUGAGGAGUCCGAAACCCCAGAAUCUAACACGCAUAGCCAGACCCCGUCGAUUACAGCCUGUGGAUCUGAUUUGGACACAUGCUCUUCUUCCGCAAUGCGGCUAUGCGGAAUAAGAACGUGGUGAAAUCUUCCGGAAUGCGAGUUGAAUGAACGAAGAUGUCGUGGGCGACAUAAAUCCCAGAGUGGCGAAUCUUCGAAAUAUGCCAAAAUCUGAGAUUUUUUCUGCUUAAAAAAUUAAGAGUGCGAGCGCGCAAGUGCGAGUGUGUGAGUUUCAGUCUCCGUAGGUUUGGCAUGCACUCGAUGUUCGACUGUGGAAUCAAAUGGAGUUGAUGCUCGCCGUGUCCUGCCAUGUUCUUCACCAGACAAUACUCUUUGGGAUCUUCCGGCUCCAGGACCGGAAGGGUAUGGCGUGACAGAAGCUUGACAAAAAUUGAGAACAACGAAACUUGUUGUAUCGUAUCGUCCGGACCCUGUAGCUACAUGGAUGUUUCCUCCUGGGCACCGAUGGAAGUGGAAGCGCUCUGUCGAGAUGCUUCGCGGAUCCAUCUGGACAAAAGCGUAAGUUUGUCAUGUCUCGUUGUCGUUUACGUGUGUCUGGAGCAAACCUUGCAGUGAUGGUCGUGCUGCAUGAUUUUCUGCCUCCGUCCUCAACUUCCAACCUCCAACUCCCAAACGGCAGCAAGUUUCUGCGAAUGUUGAAUUCUCGUUGUGGGUAGUUCGUCUAUGGAUUAUAAGUUACAGAUGAAUGCGAGAAGACAAGAUCAUGAUUCUUUUGUCCUCAAUCAUCACCCUUUCUCGAAACAAGCACAACAUGAAUAUAACAUAUCGGAGACAUAACUUCAGCUAACUUAGAUUGCUCCAGGGGCAUCUAAUUUUCACCUGGCACAUGUUAGAACUCAUUCUCAAGAAUGCCAUCACCACAUGAAUCCAAAAUGUCAUGGAUGUAUGCCUUGCAUCAUGUAAUUUACUACAAAUCAACCGG